GGAGACAAAAACAAUUGGAAUCCCACAGCCAGUACAACAUAAACAGGGGGACUAAAGCCCAAAGCCGAUAAAUACCUUUCUCCCCGACACGGACACCGCCGGCAGAGAAAUGGUUUCUCCGGUGACAGUGGUCAAGAGCGAAGGGCCAAAGCUGGUGCCGUUCUUCAAGGCAACCUGUGUGUACUUUGUCCUGUGGCUUCCCACCUCGAGCCCGUCCUGGUUCAGCGCUCUAAUCAAAUGUCUGCCCAUCUUCUGCCUCUGGGUGUUUCUGCUGGCUCAUGGGUUCAGCUUCCUCGGCGCUCACUCCAGUGCGCGCAGGAUCUUGGCGGGCCUCAUCUUUUCUUCUCUGGGUGACGCCUUUCUCAUCUGGCAGGAGCAGGGCUACUUUGUUCACGGCCUUCUGAUGUUUGCUAUCACCCACAUCCUCUACUCGUCUGCCUUUGGGAUGAAGCCCGUUAACGUGUCCGCCGGCCUGGCGAUCGCCGCCGUGUCCUCGGUGAGCUACAUGCUGCUGUACCCCUACCUGUCCGGCCCCUUCACCUACCUGGUGGCCGUCUACGUGGCUCUGAUCGGCUUCAUGGGCUGGAGGGCCGUAGCGGGCGUGCAGCUGGCCAACGACCUGUGGACCUGGACCAAGCUGUGCGCCUGCCUGGGCUCCAUGCUCUUCAUGGUGUCCGACCUCACCAUCGCCGUCAACAAGUUCUGCUUCCCCGUGCCGUAUUCGCGCGCCAUCAUCAUGGCCACCUACUACGCCGCCCAGAUGCUGAUAGCGCUGUCGGCCGUUGAGUGCCAGGAGGCGGAGGUGGCCCGGAAGAGAACGUGAGGUGCCCGCGGGCCCAGUGGACGCAUCUCACUGACUGAUUCCUCAGCCUUCAGCCCUCAUCUCAGUGUGACGCUCCUGCGCUGCUGUUACCGUGGCGACCGGUUAACUACGGUCUCCACACGGCCAUCACGCUUCUACUAGUAUGGUAGCGUCACAACUGUCCUCAUACCACGGCGGUAGUAUUAUCCUCAGCCUUCCUUCUCCGAACCCAGACUGGCUUUCAACCUAGUUACCGUGGAAACAAGCCUUAUUGGUAUUAUUGGAGAGUAUUACUUUGCCUUUAACUGAUUUAAUUUAAGGGGAGCCUGUCACUGGGGACCCUCAAGGAAUGUGUGUGUGUGUUUGAUUAACGCCUCUUUACCUCUCAGUCACAUCAGCCACAGUCACCACACCGACUCCCACGUCCACUUUAAAAUGGUCCAAUAACACAAUUUAACAUCAGGUUUUUGUCAUUGCUUCAGACCUUUUGAAAAGGGAUUUAUUUUUUUGACCAUGUGUUGCUUUUCACUCUGUGUAGCUUUGGUAAAUGAAGUUUUCUGUCCUUAAAGUCGGGAGCAUAUCCACAGCUACUUUAUUAUCUGCAGUCCCGUCCGUUGCAUUUCCAAUAACCACUGAGCCUUUGUGUCAAAACAAA